CUUAGCCCCGCCCCCUCGCCGGACAGUGGCUGCGCUGCCCGCGGGCCCCGCGCCCGGCUCCCUGCGCCCUGCUCCCCGCUCCCCUCAGCGAGUGCGGCCGGCGCGCGCGUGUGGCUCUGUGUGCCUGCAUGAGUGUGUCCGUGGGUGGGAGAUGAAUUGGAGUCAUACGACUGGGUGUUUCCUUCCGAGUGGUUUUGAUCAGCAAUCCAUUAGGGGAUCAUGGAAAGUAUUUUUUUUUUUCUGGCUAAAAGGAUGAAAACUGAGUAAGUACGUAGAACUUUGAACUCGAAACGGAAUGAAACAAAUACAAGGCAAACCCCGCGGAUGGUAACCAUGUCCCUUCAGACCCUGUAUUCCCUUUUUCUGUUAAAAGCCGGGAAGGCUUACAGGAAAGUGGCAGUUUAAAAUGGAAAGAAGGGAAGCAGUUAAGAAACAUGAAAGGCUGAAAGCAGGACAGCUUUAAAACCGGAGGAAAAAUGAGGAACUGUUAAGGCAAGCUGGCCCGCCUCCAGCCGUGCAACAGGCACUAUGGUAUAAACCUAUUGCGUUCUCCGGUGCUGUUUUUAGACUCCAGAUUUACUUUGGUGUUGUUUCUCUUUUCCUGUGAAGCUUUCACUGUGAGCUUAAGGAUGUUGUGAAAAAUAAGGCAUUACCGGAAGCAACAGUUUGACAGCCUGGAGUACGCUCAGGUUAUUAGUUACAACUAUUAUUAUUUUGAUGUCUUUUUUUAACCGAGGCCAACCACUUUUUACUGUCAUCCAUGGAAGGGCUCUUAUUAACCGCCGCAGACUUUUGGGACCGAUGAUUCUUUGGCAGGAUACUUCGGAAAGUUCUUAAGUGGGGAUGGAGCUAUCUUGAUUUGAUUUAAGUUGUCGAAAAAGAAGACAGAUUUGUGUUUUUCAUGCUGACAAAAAAUAGCUGCUAUGACUUUUCCGGCAACGUGGACAGGGGCCAAGUGAAGCUGAACUGGUCAUGGUCUGUCGUCCAGUGUUCCUUUGUCGUCGGCGAUUUUGCCCCCGGCCCUUCUUGGUGGGCUUGGUGGUGGCAAUCUGUCUCUUCUACCAGACCCUGACAUUCCGGGGGGCAAGGAAGCUCACAGCUGCUGUCCCUGAGGCUGCCCCAAACACACCCACCGAAACCCAGGCAAGCAGAUGCAAGGAAGGAUUGUCCCUGGACAAGCAGUGCUUACUUCUCUCCGAUAAGGCACAGGAAGUCAGAAAGAUCGAAGAGUCAAUUGAGCUCCACUUCGGCAGCCAUGGCAGAAAGGCCGUUCUCUACAGGCCUCCUUCCUCCAGCAAAAGGGAGCUUCAGCUCCACCAGCGCAUUCUCACUCGGCAUCACUACGCGGUUGUCAUCACUGAAGAAAGGCUCAGUGCCGACCCUGGGCUGGGGCUACUAGAAAAAGGUGAUUUGGGCUCUUGGGAUCUGCUCGUUUGCCUGUCUUCUGGGAAAGCUGGUGGAAAACCUUGCAUAUCCAAGGAAGACAUGUGCCAGUUAGGUUUGCAUCAAAAGGUAAACAUAUUACCAGAAAUACAACAUCAGCUUUGCAGAAGGGAAGGAUUAUGUCAACUAAUUAGAAGAUUUCCAGAAUUGCAACUUCCGGUGAGCCCCUCAGUGUGUCUGGAUCAGAGCAUACAAUUAAAGCUGAGUAAUUCAAGUCACCUUUUAAAAACAGUGAAGUCAUAUAUGUGGAAACCAGGGGACUGGAGACGUGAACAGCUGAAUCAAACCACAGUCCUAGCUCCACAAGAAACACUCUUGAGAGCCAAAGAUUUAUCCGUAAUUCUUAAAGCGUAUGUGCUGGUGACAUCCUUAACUCCUCUGCGUGCAUUCAUUCAUUCGACUGGCACGGUUUGGAAUCCACCAAAGAAAAAACGCUUCACUGUCAAGCUGCAAACGUUUUUUGAGACGUUCCUGAGAACAAGUUCACCUCUUCAGGCUUUUGAUAACAUGAAGGAAGCAAUUAGCAAACUCCUGCUAGCAGCUGAAGUAUUCAGUGAAACAUCUACUCUGGGACCAAAGGUCUUCCAUAGAUGCAGAUUAUGUUUUCAGCUUUUAACUUUUGAUAUUGGUUAUGGCAGUGUCAGGUCCCCUGUAGUGUUCCAGGUGCAUGAGCAUUUAAAGUUUCAAGAUGAUGAUAAUAUGGAUUUUGAGGACCAAAACGCAGAAGAAUUCCUUUUAAAAGACACUUUCAAUUUUCUCCUGUCUAAUGAAUCUUCACUUUCCAUAUUUUCUGAGAUAUUUCAGAGACUUUAUAGAUCAGGUAUAUUUAAGGGUGAAAACUAUCAAAAAGAACUAAAUCAAUGCCUAUCUUUGGAGGAGAUUAACUCAAUUAUGACUUUCAUAAAGGAACUCAGGAGUUUGGGACAAUUCCAACUGCUCUUCCCAUCUACUACUCCUGGGUUUCAAUCUUUGAUGCGUGAAUUUCAUGAUAUGGCAAAUCCUGUGGGGAAACCUGGUUCCAUCCUGACCCAAUACUGGUCACUUUUAAAUGUAUUCGAACAAUUUCAGCUCCUGAAUAAAAAGGCACAGCCACACCCGCUGGAAUGGAAUUCUUUCGCAGAGGAUGAGAACAUGAAAAAACCACAAGUACCAUUUAAUGCAAUUGAAAAUAAAAAAGCUGCAGUUCCACAAAUUAUUAAUGAAACCAAAGAAAUACAUUGCAUUAAUGAUAAAGAUGCACAAUGUCAUAUCAAGCAGAUCUUCACACAUCCACAUUUGGAACUAAAUCCUGAAUUUAACUCAAAGAUCAAAGAUUAUUACUCUGAAGUCCCAUUUGAUGUGGUAACGCUGACAAUUGGAGCAGAGACUUCUAAGUGUCAGUGCAAGGUGUACCUGCAGGAACGGGCAGGACCAAGCUUUGCCAACUACCCUCUGGGCUUAGGGAUGAACACAAUCUCAAUGCUUGUGGUGGAUGAAUCUCCAAUCCAAGGUGAGACCCUGAUCACAUACAAACUCACCAUCUAUAGAGAAGACCGUCCAAGUCUGCCUUUGUUUGAGGACUUCGCAGCAUGCGGUUUUGUGCAGGAUUGUGGUUUGCUGAUUCAACCAGAGGAAACCUGCGGGUUACAGCCCAUUUCUUCUGACUACAUUGAAGCCAUUUCACAGCCGGGACUAAAGACCUGUCCAUCUGGGGACACAAAAGGCCAGUGGAUCGUGCCUUGCCUUAGCUGUUCAGACAACAGGACCUGUGACUGGAGAGAAAUCACUUGGCAGCCUCACAACUGUCACUAUGGUGUCCUAACUAAGCCUCAGCUCCAGCAGUGCCUGGGAGGAAGGAAGAUUCUUUUCAUUGGAGAUUCGACCAACAGAGGUAUAAUGUACUAUCUGAUCGAAAGAUUGAAUGAAACCUUUCAAGAAUGGCAGAAGGUGCAUGGCACUAAAUUCUAUUACAACGUCAAUGGUGGGAAGACUUUGAUCAGUUAUUCCUACUAUCCACAGUUCUGGAUAAGCCCUUCGUUGAGACCAACAUUUGAAAAAGCCCUUGAACAUCUCUUGCAAAGAUCACAUCCCCUGGAGAAUACCAGCCAGACUGUAUUAGUCGUUGGUGGUGUUCAGUGGCUUAAUUCCAAUCACCUGCAAAUUAUUCACAAGGUUUUAAAGAGGGAAAAUUUACUCAAUAUCCUUGUGAUCAUCAAAACUCUGGGAAUUGGAUUUCAUCUGCCGGUGGAUGGAGUACACUUCCUAACGCAGAGUGAAGUUCAGAAUUUAUGGAAAGAAAAUUUGAUUAUUCUGGAAGCUGCAAAAAAAUAUGGCUAUGAAGUGGUUGACACAUUCACUAUAACAAUGGGGCGAUACAAAGAGUUUUUGCAGGGGACGUGCGGAUGUCAUUUUCAUGAGGUAGUGAAAUCAAAAUUAUCCAAAGAAUAUCACUUUCUUAAAAUGAAUCGAUCAAGAAAUCAUAUUGUGGGAAAAUAUUUCAGCAAUCAAAGCAAAGUACAACAACGACAACAAGACUCUGUAACAAAUGUUCAAUCACCGUAUCAUGUCAGAGGUCCAGUUAAUCAGGUUUGCUCUGAAAUCCUUCUCAGCAGGAUGUGUGCCAGUGAAAGAAUUGUGCAGACUCUGCAGAAGGACUGAACUUGGAAUAGGAUUCAAGUCACUCACCCGGACGAUGGUUUGGUAGCCAAAUCCUGUGCAUGAUGUGUAUUUUGGUUCCACCACCCAUGCUGAGGCACACCGGCACACACAAACACACCAAUGCACACGUAGCUAAAAAAGGUCAUAACACUUCCUUUUUCUACAGCUUUAUAAAGUUAGGAUGUGCACAUGGAAAUCAGCUGGUUUUAAGAUGAAAGACAGAACUAGAAAAUGGUGACCUGAAGUAUAAUCAUAAACUAGAUCCACUGUGGCCGCCUGGGUAUUGCAUUGUGAUAAUAAAGAGAAAUAUAGACAUUUGAAACAUGGGGGAAAAGAUAAUGCUCUUGAGUAUUGCCUUAUCAUCUUUAUCGUUACCUUAGUAUUGGAAAGGGGAAAAAGGAAUUACAUUACACCUGCAAGUGGGGAUGACACUUGUGCCCUUUACCAGGAGAAAACAUGGCUUUGAUGAGGCUUUAGGCUUUGUGAAUCCAAUGCUUAUGAAAACUGCUUCUUCCUAGAUUUUUAACAUCCUAUAACUGAAAGGAAAAGAAUAGUAAUGCUCCUCCAGGGAAUUCUAAGAGAUUCUCUGAAAGCGAUAGGAAGUGUAAUAUUUUACAGGUAAAACACCAAUAUAUUUCUUUGUAUUCUUUGUAGUUUUCAUAAACAUUCCCUCCUAGCCUGUCUGUGAACUUGGAUGGGUAACUGCAGUCUAAGUUGAUUAAAUAUGUAAUUUUAAAGUGAGAAAAUACAGUUCUUCUUGGGUUACUUUAUUGUGUUUCAUUGAUGAUAUUACUUAAGAAAGCUUUUGUUUGCUGUUAGAACUCUAUAUAAUUUAAGAUUGCAAUUAUAUUUUAUGUAAAUAUUUUGCAAAGGAUUAAGCAUUCUCAAGUGCAUAGGCAUUUAUUUCCAGAAAGCGUUUGUAUAUGUCCACAAAUACUACUCUGUUACUAGUAACUGUAUUUUGAUUUUCCUGAGCAACUGUAUCUAAUCCAGAUUUAGAAAAGACAUAGAAUUAUUUUUUUAUAAAACUGUGGCAUACAUAUAAAACAUAUCUAAUCCUAGUACUGAGAACUUUCUCUUCUAUACUUCAGGUUUAAGAUAGUAAAUUUUUUUAUUGUACAAACGCUUUGUUGUGAGAUAACAUCUCACAGUUACAAUGGCUCUUAACGGAUUAUUUUCCUUUUGGGGAAAAAAGGCUGAGAGGGUUAAUUCAGUAUUUAGCUGAAAUUACCAAAUGUACGAAUACCUCAAUUUCAUUACUAUACAAAAACAUAAAACUAUUUUGAUUGAUCAGUUCCUUAGUAUGAAUAUCCACCUCCUUUAAAUACUCUAUUUUUAUAUAUAUUUUUAUAUGAAAGUAAAUAUGAAUUUAUAUUUAACAGUCUUAAAUUAUAUCUAGGCACGAAAAUCACUUGAUAUAAACAAUACAUACCUGCAUAUGACGAUGAUAAAUUUUUUAAAAGAAUGGUACAGAAUUAACUUUUAAAAUGAAAGAUUUUCUAGUAUCUGCAGCUAUAUGCAAGCAUCAUUUUUAGGUUUUCAAUGGUUUUUUAAUGAUAUAAAAUGUUGCCAAUUCAUGUAGCUUCUUCAUCCUGUUUUAAUGUACAGUAUUACAUAUUCUGUAACAGAUUUAUAGUCAGUGCAUUUCUCUUGUAAUUUACUGUCAACCUAACUGUAAUACACUUCUGACUGAGGUUAGCUUUGCAUUUACCUCUUCACCAUUGCAAUAAUAAUGGAUUUUAGAAACAAUUUAAUAAUACAAUUAAUAAAUGUCUUACUAGUAAUAGUCUGUGUUUAGAGAGUAUAUUUUUUUUCCUUUUUACUGGAGGUAUACACCGUAUAGUCAGUGAUCCCUUGGCAGAGAUAGCAUCCCAUGGAUUCAACUACUAACGUGUGGUUCAAUAAGAUGAGAUAUACUUCCUUCCAACCCUGAUGUUCUCUAAAUUUUGAUCAAAUGAACUCCCUGCUGUACAAUGACCAAAGCUUUUGAACACAGUGCAGUGAUGAGUUUUGUUUAUAAGGCACUGAAAUGCUACUAAUCAUUUUAGU